AUGCAGCUUCGACGUCCCGAUCGCACUGGCGAGCCGACACCUUCCACCUCUUCCAGCGUCUCAAUAUGGACGCAACUUGGUGCACCCUCUUCCCCAUCGACUUCAACACCUUCACACAACGCAUCGGCGUCCCCUGCGGCGCGCUCGGGCCAUGCUAUGACAUUCUUGCCGCCAACCGGCAGCGUCCUCCUCUUCGGCGGUGCAGACGGUAAAAUCUUCUUCGAGGACGUAUUUUUACUUGAACCAGCGAGUUAUGAACACUCCAGCAACAGACCAGGGCACGCGGCGAUACCCAGUAGCCGCAAAGAAGAAGGAGCUCCAGAUCAUGCUUCAGUCGAUGUUAAGUGGAAAAGGCUCGUGGUAUCACACGGCACGUCGUUUAACGGCCAAUCUCCGUGCUCUCCCAUGUUCUCCAGCGCUCCUAGUAGUGCAAGCCCCAGCGCUAUUCGAUCGGGCGUAGAGAGACGCACACCCACGUUCAUACACCCUGGAGGAGGCAGAGACUACCAUUCCAUGCAUUAUGUUGAGAGCUCCGAGGAAAAGGAGAGGACGAGAGGCAUGAGAGUGUUGGUGGUUGGCAAUGUGGUCGUAGCUACUGAUGAAGCGCCAAUGCAAGGGGGAGGGUGCACUCAAGCAGAAGGAGGGGCCAUUAAUGCUGGGAUGGCCUUCGAUACUCCGAUGUUGAGAGUCGAGGAGCUUAGAGUGAGACAACCAAUGCUCGAGGCCCAGUGGGAAGCACGACGUGUGGAUCACUCCAGUAUGUGGAAACCCCGAGCCAGACAUGCCCAUAGCAGUGUGGUGGUGGGAGGAGACCAGGUGUUCGUGUUUGGAGGCAAAGACGCCACUUCGACGACGUUUUUCAACGAUAUUUUCUACUACGAUGCACCGUUGAAUCAAUGGGUCAAGCCGACAGUAAAUCCAACAGGUCAAUUGCCACAACCACGAGCGUUUGCGGGGCUUACAGCGAGUCAUGAUGGGAGUACCUUGUUUUUGUUUGGUGGGACGGAUGGGAAGCAGGAGUUCGGUUCGCUGUUCCUUUACGAUGUGAUGCAUUCUCGCUGGGACUCGCUGGCCAAUGCAACGGCGGGGGACCGACCAACGUGUCGUAUUAACCAUUCACUUACGUUCGCAGCACCGAAUCACCUCGUGCUUUUCGGUGGGCGACGACGCGCUGUGCGUCAGAAUGAGCUGUUUAUUUACAACGUGGACACACGUACUUGGCGUCUUGUUCACGGUGAAGGAUCAAGAGGAAGCCGUCGUAGGAGCCAGGCGGUCAUUGAUGAUAAUGCUCCUGUUGGACGGACAGCACACGCCACGGUGUCGUUCCACUCAGAGCCUGCAGGACCUAACGCUGUUCAAAAGCUCCUUAUCUUCGGCGGCUAUGCCGGUGCACACCAAUGGCUCGAUGAUUUGUACUUACUCUCUUUACCCCAAUCAGUGUUGUUGAUGCCUCCAGCUACUAGCAGAAGCUCCUCUCGGUCUAUCCCAGCAACACAACGUACGCGACCGACACGAUCGUCCUUAAAAAAACCUGUAGCUCGAGUGGCACUUUCAGCUCCUCAGCAACCAGUUCAGACUCGGCAAUCCUCUCAGUCCGGUCUUGCACAGUCAGAAGAUCCACUAACAGCACAAGUCUUGCAGCAGCAAACUCAGGCAAUUGAGCCAGAAAAUGAACCUAUCCAGGAAAACACAGAGCAGUCUCAAUCAUUGCAGCAGAGUUCAGUUGCUCCAGACGCACCAAGCUCUCCACCUCGGCAAAUUGCACCAAGGGAGCCUCCCCGGCCCACCGCUGUUACAGUCACUACCAGUGGAAGUGGCAUUUUGGCUGACAUAACAAACCAAGAGUCCGGGCCACAAGCACAGCAACAGGAGCCGGCAGUGCCUCGGUCUUCUGGAGUGAACGAUGCAGCUUCCUCUAAUGCAAUAAAGAAGCACAAGCGACGGCGGCUUGCAGACGAUAGCCAAGAGAGCAGCAACAGCAACAGUAGCAACGGGAGUGGAGAGCUGACAACAGCGCAGGUGGGAAUCCAGACCAUGUUACUCCAGCUGCUCCAGCAUCAGCCACGAAUGGAAGAUGCACUUGCUCGUAUAUCGUCGAUGUUGGCACGAGAGCAGACAGCACGACAACAACAGAGUUUGAACCAGGAAACCGUGAUGAGAGUCCACAGUGAAGAACAGAGCAAACGUCUGGAGGCUGCGAAUCGACGGAACGAGGCGCUGGAAGGAAGACUGGCACGUGUUGAGGCUGAAAGAGCAUCGUUACAUGAGAAGCUGAUGGCACGGGAGACUGAACUGUACAUGCACAAACACAGCCUCGAGGCAGCGAUACCACCGUUGAACGAACGGGUCCAGGCCAUCGAAGCUUCACACAUGCAGCAACUGAACGUGUCACGAGUGAUCGAGUCCAAGAUCUCAGCGGUUCAUGACUUCAUGGAUGAACUACGCAACACUGGCAACGAAGGCACAGAGGCUGAUGAUUCUCCUCAGCGUCAUCUAGGGCGUUUAGAUGAUAGCGUGGCAACUCAACCGACUCCAUCGCCGCCGAAGCCUUUGCUGUAUUCACAACGUGUGGUAAUGGCGUUGGAGGAGAAGAUCCGAGUAAUACAGUCGGAGAAGAAUGCGCUUGAAGCACAAUUUAAGGAGAUGGCGGAGAAAUUAAAGAAGGUCGAAGCCAGAGAAGCACAAGCCCGACAAUUCCUGUUCUCAUGGUGUCAACAAGAGGACAACCCGCCAGUGACGAGUACAGCUACAUCAGCUGUGCCCGAGUCUGCAAAACCUGCCCCGGAUACUACGACGUGA